AGUGGCAAGGACCAACCAGAAACCAGUACUCUCACUCGAGAGAGCCAACAUAACAAACCUUCAACCAACAACCCGUUCAUCGAACCAUCCGCCAAAAAAAAGAAACAAUGGCCUCCCAACAAGCCCCUCCAACAGUGGAAACCUUCAACCUCACCUACAGCUUUCCCGACCGCUCCAAUGGCGUCUCGGACAUUACCCUUUCCCUCCCGCCUCGAUCGCGCACGCUCUUGAUUGGCGCCAACGGUGCCGGCAAAACCACCUUGCUUCGCCUGCUGGCCGGCAAGCGUCUCGCGCCCGCCAACACCAUCAAAGUGUCGGGUGUUGACCCGUUCAAGGAAGGUCUGGAGGGCGUCACCUACUUGGGGUUGGAAUGGGUCCUCAACGCGAUUGUGCGCACGGACAUUGGUGUCGUUGAGCUGCUGCGGUCAGUGGGCGGCGAUGCUUAUCCCGAGAGAAGGGACGAACUGGUGUCGGUGCUGGAUAUCGACACCAACUGGCGAAUGCACGCCGUAUCGGACGGAGAACGUCGCAGAGUGCAGCUGGCAAUGGGCUUGAUCCGGCCCUGGACGGUGCUGUUGCUCGACGAAAUCACCGUCGACUUGGACGUCUGGUCCCGUGCGCAGUUUCUGGGGUGGCUGAGACGGGAGACGGAGACGAGGGAGUGCACGGUUGUGUACGCGACGCACAUCCUGGACAACUUGGCCAGUUGGCCGACGCACCUGGUGCACAUGCACUUGGGCACUGUGAAGGGGUGGGGGAAGGCGGAGGAGAUGUUGAAGGAGGUCGAGGACGGAAAGAAUGUGAUAGAAGGCGUGACGGGAAAUAGUAGGCUGGGAGAGCUGGUGUUGAGGUGGUUGAGGGAUGAUUUGAAGGAGAGAGGGCCGAGAAGUCAGCACCGGAGGGGGCCGGAGGGGUUGAGUUAUAAUAGCCCGGGCUUGGGGGGCUAUGGGUUGGAGGCGAAGACGAAUUAACAGGCUACGGAUGGGCCUGGCUGCAACUGAGAUGGGG